GCGUUCCCGACUUUUGAGUCCCAUGUCUUUUCAUGACCUGGGUGCACCUGGGAACAGUACUUCUUGCAUUGCUCGCUGGCUCAAGUAAUUACCGCUCAAGUAGACGUGGCGAGCGAGAGUGGGUUGGAACCCCCAGGGCCAUGGCGAACGGCGAGAGGCGUCCCGCGGCCACAGCGGCGAGAUGCGUUGCCCUGGGACUUUGUCUCGCGGGCCUGCAUGAGGCCUUGCUUUUCUUGUCUCCAAGGCAGCCGAACGAAAACCUGCCACGACGGCAAGUGCUAGCAGGCUCAGGUGUGGGGCUCUUGUCCAUGUUGCCAGCACCAGCCUUGGCUUACGAGACGUACUCCGACCCCAACGUGGGAUACGAGUUCAAGUUUCCCACCGGCCCUCAAAAGUCCACCAACAAAGGCUACGAUGUCUUCCUGCGGGAUAUUAUCGAGCCAUUGGAAUACAUUGGCCUUAAGAUCACCAAGACUGAGCGGAAUAGCUUGAACGACGUGGGCUCCCCACAAGAGGCGGGGGAACCGGCCGCGCUGGGGAACCGGCCGCUGGUCGAUGCGCAACUGGGAACGGAGGUGAAAUUCGGGACGAAGAAGCAGCCGCAAGAACAUUGAGCUAAUGGAAAGAAUGAAGGCAAUUAAGGAUAUUAAGGACUCGUUCCAUGGGGAGGCCUUAUUGAGAGGAGUCUGGGGCCCUUCUUGUUGUCCUUUCUCAUGACCCAAGGUUAGGGACCGGGUUGUGAACGGAGCGGAUUUGGGAGGCUGGCUGGUCAUGACGGACCAUGACGCACUUUUUGUGGAAUGGUCAUGCUGAAAGGGGGGGCCAGUUGGACCAAAUGGGAGGAGAAAGAGGUGACGUGGAGAGAUCCCGAGUCAGAUGUGGUUUCAGGUGGUCAAACGGAAAAUCACCAUUGUCACAGCAGCACUGGGUCAACUACUGGAUCAGAUAGACAAAAGAAU